CUAUAGCGUAGACUAGGAAAUAUAUACAUACCUGUUCAUAUACCAUGAAUAUUGACCGACGUACGUACUAAGAUUGAGUAUAAAUAGUUCACACCUCAAAGUUACAGGGUCAAGCUUCACGGCCAUACCGAGAGGAUGCAGAUGUGGAUUAAGGGUGUGGCCGAAAGGUGUAGUACGGGUUAGUACUCACACAUCAUAAGAGCACGACAAAGAUCGGUGACCAGGUCAGCAUUUUACUCAUCAUUUGUGUAAUAAAGGAAAAACUGAAAAUGGAGAAAAUUGUUUUGAAAACUAUGCACACUGCUAGACUGUGUAAAAAUGCUGUCUACCAAGCGUCUGUCCGGGAGGUGUCCGAAGACGGGGAUUUUGCCAGCCUUAAAGAGUCGCGUAAGGUUCAUGCGAAGGCAAGAGAAGAAAAAAGAUUAGAGGAGAUUACAGAAAAGGACGACCAAACCCCACCUCCGACAUACACACCAAUCAAACCUGAACAGAGGGACGAAAUACAUGACGAGAUUCGGGUAAAACUAUUUGAUGCUAUCGAGAACGGCUCCGUUUCAGAAGUGAAUUCUCUACUGGGUCAGGCAAGAAGCUAUGUCAGUCUGCACCAUGCGGACAUGCUCGACCCUUCCAAUGAACAAAACGUGUUGCAUUUUGCAUUAAGUAUCCCCCGUCUGGAGAUUGUCGACCUCAUUCUGAGCGAUAAAGUAAACGACGACUUAUUGAACCAAGUGUUCCAAGUGCCAAAAAGCACAAGAUCAAUUUUACACCAAAUAACCGAACUGAACAACGUAUCAUUAGCAAAGAGGGUAUUGGAAAAGUUCUCAAACAGAAGUGAAAAGGUGAAAAUUAUCGAGAUGGAAACUUUGGUUGACGUUGAGGGUCAAAGACCAAGAGUAUUUUCUUCGUAUCAUCUUGCAGCCUUCAAGGGUUUUACUGACCUAGUGAAUCUGUACCUCGACACCGGUGUCGAUAUUGAUUUACUCAAUGGGAAGAAAGAUACAGCGUUGCUAUGGGCAGCAAGGUGGGGUCACACAGACACCGUGAAUUGUCUCCUUGACCGACGCGCAGAUGUCAGUUUGGAAAACGACAAGAAAUCGACUGCUUUGUAUUGGGCUGUACGCUACCAGAAAUACGACACAGUACGACUUCUUCUUCAGAAGGGAAGGGCAAAUCCCAAUCAGACUAGACUACUUGGGUUGGUGGCACCUAUCGUCAUAGCAUCAGCAUUAGGCAAUAACACAAUAGUCAAGGAACUCAUUCGCCACGGCGCGGACGUUAAUACCAUAAUUCGCGGAGGAGAAAUGCCACUCCAUCACGCAGCAAAAGAGGGCCACGUAGACGUGGUUCAGACCCUGUUGAAGGAAGGCGCAAUACUUACGGCCCAGGACGAGAGGGGAGAUAGAGCUCUAAGCCUGGCUUCACAAAACGGGUAUGCAGACGUUGUCAUGCUCCUUCUUGAUAGCGGGGCAGACAUGUAUCACAAGAACCACUUUGGUAUGGACGCCUGGUAUAGCGCUAUAAAUCAAAAGAACGACAUAGUGCUUAAUGUAUUGACGAAUCAUUACAAUAAUCUUUACGAGAAGGACAGAACAUUGAAGUCGCCUCUUUGUAUUGCUGCUAGCCUCGGUAGAUGUGCGAAAAUUGAAACCCUUGUGAAGUUGGGAGCAUAUGCAGAACAACAAGACGAAGAUGGAAAUACGUUAAUGCAUCACGCUGCUGCUAACAACCAAGGGGAAGUAAUAAAGAUGUUUCACAAGACGGUGAACGUUGAUGCUAAAAACAACGAAGGGGAUACAGCACUACAUAUAGCAUGUAGGGAAGGCAAUCAUAAUGCAGUUUUAGAACUGAUAGAUAAAAAGGCAAAAUCCAACAUUGCAAAUUCGAUUGGAGAAAAUGCACUGCACACCGUGGCUCUUUCCCCUGCCACAACGCACGACAUAGCCCGAGCUCUUGUUCAACACACCAUCAAGUCACACGACUGGGAAAGCUUGAAUGCGAUGGAUGCUCAGGGCAACAACGCUCUUCAUAUUGCAGCACGGUUUGCAAAACCAGAAGUUCUUUGGGAAUUUCGAUUCGUAAGAUUUAGAGACACUGACAUUGACGGAAACACACCACUUCACGAAGCGGUAAUUUCUGGGAAAGAGAAUAUAUUUAAGACAGCCCUUGACGUCUAUGAGAAUAUGCAGAGAGAUGCUGACAUCAACACACUGAAUAACAACUCGGAAAGCGUGCUUCAUCUCGCUGCUGACGCAGGGUUCUCGGAAAGUGUCACAAGGCUAGUGUUUUAUGGUGCUGACUUAUCAUGUGCCGACAGGGAUGGUAACACAGUGCUUCAUAGACUUAUUAGGUCCCUGACGGAGGACAAAAGCAUGCAUGAUGCCCGCAUGAAAGUAGUGGAGACUAUCUUGCAUGAUUCUGUCAGGUGGUGGAGCACUAUGCAAAACGAACCUUAUCCAGAAGAGAACAAAUCGCGUUUCAAGGAAAUACAACGAGAAGCACUUGUUUCAUUGACAAACGACUACAAAAACAACAACAACUUAUCGGUCUUGGCGUACGCGUAUAAGUUAGGUUCAUACACAUUUCUGGACCGAUUUUUGACCAUGCCUGACGUCAUGAAGUUUCAACAAGGAGAUGAGGUCUAUUUUGACGUUUCACAUUUGAUACCAUUGACAAGUGAGGUAUCCAAGCGGUGCUGUGGUCUUGCAACAAAUGAACAAACGGGAUCCCAUAUAGAGCUUUUGAUGACAUUAAAGGCCAAAGAACGUGCAUCACGCGUGCUCGACGUGCCACCCGUGAGGCACAUUGAACAAAUGUAUACUUCCAUAUGUGCUUGGGGCUACGCAUUCUUCAUGUUGUUGCACAUCAUCUAUAUGGGCGUGUUUUCCUAUCUGGGCGUGUCGGUGGCGGAAAAAUUCCGCCAUCUUAACAAUGAUGUUCCCCUCUUCAAUACAGACCCUGUGCUGGUGGCAGUCUACAUAGUUGUACCCAUAGAACCCGCCAUAGCUGUUAUAUAUUCGUCGGUGUCCCUUGGCAGAACUAUUUACAGGAGAGAGUCGCCAGAAAUAUAUUCGCUCAUCACCAAGUUUUUCCUUACCCUGUCUGCCUGUUUGACUCUGGCCUGGAUUGGAAUGGUUGCCCGACGAGAUCCUAACCAGGAUUACGUACUAGCGAUAUGUUUGUGUCUUGGAUGGAUGAGCUCGAUAGCACUGACGAGAGGUUUCAAAGGUAUUCACUACUUCUUCAAAAUGUUAGUCAACAUGGUCGUUAGAGAUGUUCUUCGCUUUCUUGUCGUCUUCUCCUUCGUGAUCCUCGCAUUUGGUUUCGCCCUGCAUGUUAUAUUCCAGAUAUCCUCUGAUAUCGUAGAUACUUACUCGGAUCCGUUCGAGACUCUUUUCAUGACUUUUAACCUUAUGAUUGGAAUGGCAGAGCUGUUUGAUGAUGAUUUUGUAAACGGAAUGUCAGGAGUUGGUCGUUCAGUAACAUUUGCUAAGGCAAUUUAUCUGAUAUAUAUCUUGUUAUCGACAAUUGUUUUGUUGAAUCUGCUCAUAGCAAUGAUGAACGACUCAUACUCCGACAUUUUACAACAUCAGAAGGUCAACUGGAGAGUGGAAUCGAUUCAAAUAGCGAUUGGUGUUGAACAUUUCUUCCCGUGGUUCCCGUCCAUUUUUGGUAGAACCACAAUUAGAAAAGAACUCCACGGCGAGGGGAAAUUAGCGAAAAGAGAGAGAUGGUAUUUAGUGACAACAGAAACUAAUGUUUUGAAUGACACCUCGGAGUUUAUCAAUAAUGACACAAAUGAACGGAAGACCACUUCCUUUGAGGAAAAACUGUAUGAAGUUGAAAACCGUGUACAGAAUAUAGAGCAGCAGGCAUCCGAAACGAGAGAGACAUUGGAAGAGAUCAAGAAACUAAUCCAAAAUAUAAACAGUAUUCUUAUAAAAUGAGUUUGUGCUAUGGAGGCAUUCUGUUUUCUGAAAUCAAAAUGCGUUGUAAUAAUUAUUCCCAACACCAAGAAUUAGGUGUUGGUGCCUGGCAGACUAAAAGGGAGAUGUUGAAACAUCUAGCUUGGGUCUAUUCUGUGGUGCAUGAACAUUGCAUAAAUCUUAAUAAUUUUAUAUUAAUACCAAUAUUUCAUUAUCAUACUUGCAUAAAUCCUUUCUACCUUUUGCACCAUAAUUCUAUAUUUCAAUGAUGAAUGCAUGAAUCAUCAGUAUCAUCACAAAAGCCAAAUGUUGAAGGUAUACCGGUUACCAAUUUGUAAUUAUUUUACAGAAAGUAAUUGAAUACUAAUUAAAGAUAAUAUUCAAAAGAAACCCCAGUCUACCAAACUGUGAUUUAUUUAUUUAAUUAUUGAUACAUAAUCAUAUAACUUCGUAUGAGAAUGUGCAUAGUUGCAUUCUCAUAUAUAAUAUUUUAUUUCCUAUGUUAUAAGUUUAUUUUAAUGAUAAAAUAUAAUAUUGAAUAUCAAAGCAACUUACAUGUAUUUUUUAAGAUUAUUUAUUGAAUUGUUAAAAAUAAGUACAUGUAUAAUCAAAUUGAAAAUUGAUACAAAAUAUUUCGUAACAAAACAAAACACACCUUUCAAGUCUACUUUUAUAGAUAUCCACCAAUGAAAUUCUCAAAUGGAAUAACUAGUAUGUAAUAAAUGCUGUAAACCAUGAUAUUAGUGCCCAGUCCCUGGUCUUUGAAAAAAUACCAAGUGUUGAUUACUAAUUACAAUUAAAUUCCCGAUCAAUGUACCUGUAGUUCUAAUUGUAAGAUAAUAGGUAUUUCAGAAGUAUGGUGAAAUACCGAUAAAUACUGAUAAUGAAACAAGUGAAAUCAUGUGUAUACCGUAUUCUGCCAUACCGGUAUAUUCUAGGUAUAUAUACGGUAUUCAAUAAAAAAAGUACUCAAUAUUUUCAAUUGUUUCAAUUUAUUACUUUUUUUCCAAUAUGACAAUGAAAGUGAUGGAGUAUUGAAAUGUAUAGAAACUAGUAAUGUACAAGAUGUCGUAUUCAAAUCAGGUCUUUCAACUUCCCCCAAAAAGGUAAUAAAUUAAAUAUUUAUGAUA